UACUUUCCGAAAGCACUGUAUGUGAAAACAUGUAUAAUGCUUCACUUGUUAUGAGCAUAUACCUGAAAUGUGUGUAGAGACCUCUCACCUGGUACGUUAGAUUGUAAACAUACAAUAACUGUCAUUCAUGAGGCAUGUUAAAUGUAUUUUUUAAAUAGAUUUGUUUUGCUUAAUGGCCCUGAAUUUGCCAGUCAGCUCAAGAGACGGGGGACAGGACCACGGACUGCCCCAUUGGAUGCUGCAGCAGAGUUUGUGUUUGUUCCGACUGAGAAGGUGAAGAGUGGGAGAUUAUUUCAUCUGCAGUACAACUCCACCAAGGAUCACUACUGCAGGGUGUCCAGUGACAAGGAGGACAUCCAGGACAAGCCUGUGUGGAGGAAGUCUGUGUUCAGGAAGCUGAAGAAUGACUGGCAGAUGGUGUAUCUAGCUCGUACAGAGGGCUCAUCGCCAGGGAACAUCAGUUGGAAGUUGGACUGUGCUCCUGUAGGGAUGAAGAUAAAGACCGUCUCAGUCAGAACAUGCAGCCAGACCUUUCACUCUGGAACCGGCCGCUGGGGUCUGCAGUCUGGACAGAACACAACAUCGUUCUCAGGAGGUGGAUGUAUGAUUGAUAGAUUUUUGUCAGAUAGAUUUUUGUCUGGUUUAUGUGACACAUACCUUUCAGGAUUAAGUUGGAAGCCUUUUUUCAAAUCAAUUUAAAGUGCAAAUUGUAAACUGGUACUUAGUGAUUUGUAAAUGUAAUAGAUAUAUUAUGAUUUGAUAGUCAGAGAGCUGUGACAUUGAUUUGCAUGUGCACUUAACUGAUCAACAUUGUUUUCUUCCUUAUCUUGCAUAACAACAGCUAAACAGUUUUAAUGUUUUGUCACAUUUUUGAACACAAACAGGGAGAUGCAUUCUGUUCUGGGUCUUUCUUGAUCCUUGGAGCUGGUCAAGGAGGCGGAGCUAGACGGAGGAGAGGGAUAGUCGUCAUGGCAACACUCCCAGAUGUUCCAGCGGGCUUUGAAUGGGCCGAAGGAAUCCUCGUUUGAAAUCCUUGUCAAGAUGGAGGAGGACUACGCUUAAUGAGUGUGUUCGAUCGCUCUGAGCAAGGCGCUACGUUGGUUUGCUAAUCUUAAUAAAGCAAUGCGUAGUUAUUUUGGGAUGCAACAUGAUAUAUAGAUCAGUGAUUCUGCUCAGUGCCUUGCUCAAGAUAAUCACCUUGAAUACACCGACUCUGUGCAUAGUCAUGUAUAGUGUGUAUAUUCAUAGGCAUCUUGGUGCUUAUGAGAUAAACGGAGGAGUAGUAGUUUGGUGAUAUUGUUUGUGGGUAUGGAUGGAUGGAUGGUAAGAUAGUCCAAUAAUCAUUCGGGAUCUGUGUGUCUUGAAUCAAUAAUCUUGUAUUGAUUACAGAUCUUGUAAUGAUGCUGCUUGGAUAUUUACUACCAGUAAUGUCGUGAGACCCAGACCCAGCUUCUGUAUGACACAAAAGCCUUUGUUAUCUAGACUGUCUCUGCCAAAAGAGGAGUUACUUACUUGACUUAAUCCUCUUUGAGCCUUUGGGAGCACAUGGCAUCCACCAUGGCUUUCCAACUCAAAGGGGACUAUGGAUCAGUAUGGCCUGGCUGCAACAACCUGCCAUAACAAGGUUCUGGCUCCUGACACAGAAUAGGGAUAUAUGACCUGUGAGCCUAAAGUCCAUCUGCUAUGGAGUUUCCACUCAUCUUUUGAAGAAACCAAUAUUAUAUGUGUAAUUGUUAAAUGUAAUGUUUGAAUGGACACCAGAAAGCCAUGUAACUAUUGAUAGGUUUUUAUGUCUGUGUCCACUUAUGGUUAUGGAUAUACUAGUAUUCUACAUUUAUUUGUGGUGAAUGCAUGUAUUAGUCACAUGCACCGAAUCCCACAGGUGUAGACCUGACAGUAAAAUACUUACAAGCCCCAA